AUGCGUCCCGGAACCUGGUCUGCUUUCGCAGCCUUCCUCGCCCUUGGUGGCUUCGAGCUCGCCGUCGCUGAGGAGGAGCCGCCGGUCCACACCGACCGCCCCAAGUACUACUUCCCCAAGGAGAUCAAGAGAGCCAUCCAGACUGGCAGCCACAGCCAGCAGAACCCUUGGCUAGAGGCGGGCAACUUGGAAAGCUGGUUGCUUGGCGGUAACAACCAGCCCGCAGCUACUACCAAGAACAACAACAACAACAAUGGCACCAAGGUUACUGCUCCGCGCACCGAGGUCCAUGUCACCAAGACCACGGCAGCUGCCGCCAAAGACAAGCCCGCCAAGGCCAAUCCUGCUAAGGCUGAGCCCACCGAAACUGAGAAGAAGCAGAAGGCCGCGGAUACCACCACCAAGAAGAAGGCCGUUGAUCCCACCCAGAAGAAGGAGCCCGCCGACACCAAGGCCACUCCUGCGCCCACCAGCGAGUCUGGUAAUGGCGGUGGUCUCCUAGGUGGUGGUGGUAUUCUGGGUGAGAUCUCUUCCUUGGCUGGCGAGCUUCUUGGUCCAGGAUCCACCACUACGACCACCAAGAACCCUGCCGCCAAACCCACUGAAGUGUCCCAGAAGGGCAAGGACGGCCAGGACGGCCAGACCAAGAGUGGUAAAGAUGGCAAGGAUACGACUACCACCACGACGACAACUUCGUCGUCGGAUGGUGGUCUCUUGGGCAACUUGGGAUCCGGCUUGGGCUCCGUCUUGGGUGGUGUGGAAACCGGCCUCGGUCUCGGUGGUGGUAAGACCACCACCACCACCACCACGACAUCGGCCACAAACACGAUUCCUGUGAGCGUUCCUGCGACUGCCACUACCACCACAACCACCACAUCCUCCGCGCUCAACCCGCUUGCACCCAUUGAGUCUAUGCUCGGAUUGGGCCCCAGCUCGUCGAACGCUACCAGCUCUAGCCUCGUGGUUCCCACGCCAUCUCUUCCUGGCAGCGGCGGCAGCGGCAUCAUCCCUGGCCACCCAUCCGCUACGGGCUUGCCCAGCAGCACAGGCAAAGUGCCAUUCCCCAGUGGUUCGAUCCACCCCGGCGGCGCGGGCUCUGGCACUACCUCUGCGACCUCGACGCCCACGCCGACCCACACGCCUGCUGAGUCUGCGACGACGACGACGACGUCGACGACCACCACUACCACCAAGGAGCCGGAAACCACGCCCCAGCGCACCGAUCAAACUUCCAGCAGCAACGACUGGGUUGGUCCUAGCAUUUUGCACCAGCCCAAGCCGACUCAAACCGAGGACAACAACAACCCUACCUCGACGGACAAUGACCACGAGCCCACGGCCCUCCCUGGCUCCAUUGCCCCCGGAACUGAAGUCAGCAGCCCCCCGGAGAACUCGCUGCUCAUCCAGCUGGGUUUCAACCAGGAGCUCCCAUGGAGCUUUGUGGCCACUACCUCGAUGUCCUCGGCCCAGAUCUUCCAGUACGUGCCGGAGGGUCUGGAGCAUGCUCUGUCGAUUCUCCAUUCGCAGGUGACCAUGUUCGCUCUGGAGCCUUACUACUCAUGGAAGACGACCGGCUACAACGCGACGCUGGCAAUGGCCUACAUCCAGCGCCGCUACGUCGACCAGCUGCGCAAGGAGCUGCACAACCCGAACUCUCGUCUCUACAACCAGCCCAGCGAGCCCGUCAAGACUCUCUUCUCCAUGAUCGACCCGACCAUCCCUCUCAUCGUGGGCCAGGAGGGCUCCUCCAGCUCCGGCACCGGCACCACCGGCUCCGGCGAUAAUAGCGACAACUCGGGUGGCAACACCGACAGCAACACUAACGGUGGUUCUGCCUCCAGCUCCAAGACCAAGGUCAGCUCCGUUGGCAUUGGCUGCGGUGUUGUCGCCGGUGCUGCCGCCUAUGGCGCCGGUAUGUUCUGGCUUGCCCGCCGCUACCGCAAGAGACGCCAGCUGCACCGCCGCUCCGCCUCGACCGUCGAGCAGAUGAGCCAGGGUAGUUCCGCCGCUGGCUCAGUCUUCGCGGCCGGUGCUCGCAUGUCCGGCAGCCAGGCUGGAAGCGGCCGCUCGGGUCAGAUGAUCAGCGCGCCAGUGAUGGCCGAGAACUCUCUGGGCUGGAACUAG